CGAUUGACUUGUUUAAGUCAAGGCGGCCGCUCUAAAAUUGUCAUUUUCCUCUCUUGACUGGCUUCCUCACCGCCGGAUCCACCCGUCCCAAACUUUGGUUUGUCCAUCGCCUUCUUCCCACCUUCUUUGUCGUGUUUUCUAAGUUUUAUUUUUCCCCAAAAUUAAUAAUCAAACUAAGAGAAAAUAUACCUUUUGCUUUUCAAGUUCAUAACCCCUUUGAUUCUCUUCUUCAUCCUUACCCCUAAAUCCACGCCCUAUUCUUCACUCUGCUUCUGAUCCAUUCCCCCACAUGUUCUUGGAGCUGGGUAAAUUGCAAGAACUGGGGUUUUGGCUUCUUGAUUCUCUAUCCACAACAGCAUCAACUGCGCACAAUAGGUUUUUCAUGCUCAACUUUUUCUGUUCUAUCAGUUUCUUUAUUUGUCUCAUGUGAGUACUUGAUUAGUUAGUUAGUUUGUUCUGUCAUGGCUGCUGCUUAUUAUAAGAAACCACGGCUUAGGGAUGUGGCUUUGCGCCGUCUCAUACUCGUGGUGUCUGUUACUCUCUGUGGGGUUUUGCUGCUUGUAUUUCUCUUUGGAUCAAAUGCAACAUCAAUUAAUGAUGUUACUCGUGAUUUGGUAGAAAAUGUUGGUGAUGGUAAUGAUGAUGAUUCUGCUUAUCGUCGUGAUUUGAAGGUUGCUAAGGGCCUUGUAGCCCUCCCAAAUCAGAAUGACUUGUCACUUAAAUUGGAAAAGCUAAAUGAUUUGCCACCAAGGAACUUGGAUCUUUAUCCAAAUCUAGCCAAGGACCGAAUAAUUGUUGUUUUGUAUGUUCACAACCGGCCUCAGUAUCUUAAAGUAGUUGUCGAUAGCCUUUCGCAGGUAACUGGCAUUAAUGAGACCUUGCUAAUCGUUAGUCACGAUGGUUACUUUGAGGAUAUGAACAAGAUUAUUGAUGGUAUCAGAUUUUGCCAAGUUAAGCAGAUAUUUGCGCCUUACUCACCUCAUUUGUUUUCGGAUAGUUUUCCUGGGGUCUCAGCUCGUGAUUGCAAGGACAAAGAUGUUGCCAGCCAAAAACAUUGCGAGGGCAAUCCUGAUCAGUAUGGCAAUCACCGCUCGCCGAGGAUCGUAUCGUUGAAGCAUCAUUGGUGGUGGAUGAUGAACACAGUGUGGGAUGGAUUAAGAGAGACCAGGAAGCAUGAGGGUCAUAUUCUUUUCAUCGAGGAAGACCACUUCAUAUAUCCCAAUGCAUACCGCAAUCUGCAGAUUCUAACUUCAUUGAAGCCUGAAAAAUGUCCCGAUUGCUAUGCUGCAAAUUUAGCACCUUCUGAUGUGAACUCGCGUGGUGAAGGAUGGGCCAGUUUAAUUGCGGAGAGAAUGGGAAAUGUAGGUUACGCUUUUAAUCGAACUGUUUGGAAGAAAAUACACAAUAAGGCCAGAGAAUUUUGCUUCUUUGAUGAUUAUAAUUGGGAUAUCACAAUGUGGGCGACUGUUUAUCCCUCAUUUGGUAGUCCUGUUUACUCGUUGCGAGGUUCAAGGACCAGCGCAGUUCACUUUGGGAGAUGUGGUUUGCACCAGGGUCAGGGAGAGAAAAAGGUUUGCAUGGAUAAUGGCAUGGUGAAUAUCCAUGUAGAAGAUGCGGACAAGGUUCCUAAUAUUGCAUCAGACUGGAGCGUCCAUAUCUAUAAAAAUCAACCUGGUUACAAGGCUGGCUUUAAAGGUUGGGGAGGCUGGGGUGACGACAGAGAUCGACAUUUAUGUUUGAGCUUUUCCAACAUGUAUCGUUCCACCGGCACCUCAUCUCCUAUGUAUUCUGCCUUCCUUAUGUAACUUCAGUCAACAACAUAUAGAAGUGGAAAACGAGGAGAGUAUAUAGGAAAGGAAUAUAUAAAGUAUUCAAUUCAAUGGAUAAGCGUUUGAUAGUUCAAAAAUUAAUAGCCUGGAUGAAAAUGAAACCAUCUUAGCUUUCAUCUCAGAUCCACUUGCAGACAGAUAUAUUGUCAAAGCUACGUUGGUCAAUAUUUUCUUCUCUUGUUGUUAAGGGUAAGCUGGACCAUGGCAUCUAUUUACUAAUGUUUUCCGUGUUUUAUUUUGCUAUCUUUAGUCAUAUUUUGCAUGCAAUAAGAUAAGCCAUAGUUGAAUAUAGCCAAUUUUUUGGCGGUAUUUGGAAUUCUGUUUUGGUAAUUGGUUAUGUGAACAAGAUUUUGGUGCUAGAAUAGAUGCUAAUUAAUGAGAAUGUGAUGGCGGAGGUUCAUUAAUACAUUUAUAGAAACUAGAAAAGGCUAAUUAAUACGGAAAUAUGCAAACACCAAAAAAAUUAUAAAUGAAAAGAACAUAUUCU